UUGUUGUAGAUUUUUAUUUUUUAUUUUAUUUUUUUCCUUCUCUAUACAUUUUUGUUUUUAGUUUCCCCCCUCACUAAGGGCAUAGACGACAUUCCCUUUUCCCUUUUUGACAGUUUAAAUCCAAUUUGAGUCCUUUCCCUUCAACCCCCUUUGCUAAGUGAAGGACAGCAAAGAAUAGCCUUUUCUGAUUUUUCCCAGUUGCAGUGAGCCUUUCACCCAUAACUUGCUAAAAGACUGGUGGGAGUAUUGGACUGCAUUUUCUGUAAAAUAAAAAAAAAAUAAAACAGUAUUUUUUUAUGAUAGUACACACAUUUGAUUUGAUUACUUUUUAGACAGCUUCAUGUCUAUUUUUUCAGUGUAGGACACUUAUACAUUUGUCCCCACCCUGUGUCACUGUUAGUCCCAAUGUUCUUUUCUUUACCCCGACCUUUUACAAGAGGUCACCCCCUCCCCUUUCAGGAAGAAAGGCUGGAGCUCUAAAAUUGAAAAAAUUGAAUCUGUAUUGUCAUUUUUGGACCUUGGCCCAUGCAUUUUCAUAUUGUUGAUUUUGGAGGGAAAAUGCUGGCUCGGUCUUUGAAGAAUAUAUGAACUGAUGAGAAGCUAGUAUACCUUUGCAGUGCAAAAAAUAAGAUGGUUUCUAACCUAACCACUGUACUCCAAUAUAGCUUAUCAAAUGCCCAUUGACAAGCUUUUGGUCUCAGUUUGCUGUCAGUACAGUUACUGCCAGUGGUGGGGUUGUUACACGUUCAUUUGUCAUUUAAAACUUGUCUAUAUGGGGGGGGCUGGGGGGGCCUGGGUUGGAUCAAAUCUGGAGAUGUGGAGUUGUCCCACUGGUUACAGGCCAUCUUAUUUCGUGCUUGAGGGGGGUCAAGGAGUGGGGAGGAGCACCAGGGAGUCACAAGCUCCCCUGCUCUGUCGCUCCACCCCCCGCGCGCUUGCUGAGGAUUGGUGGAGUGUGCGCGCUCAGAGCUGUCUUCCUGACUGUUAAGCUAUACCCAGUCAGUGCUCAAGCACAUCCCUUUUGCUUGUGUGCUUUUCAUGCACACAUGCAUUAGAUUUUCUUUUGUCUUUGGUGGAUACUAAGAAUUGAAUCCAGCUGGUUAUCUAUUCUGAUAUCCACUGCUAUUUAAUAGUGUUUAAUUGUGUGGGUUUAAGGGAGCUCAUUCUCAAGUGCCUUGUCCAAAUUACGUCAAGCAGACAGCUCACAAUCUGUACUCCACCACCUGCGUCAGAUGCUGGGUUAGAAAGACAGAAGCAAGCGCAGCAAGCGAUGACUUCUUUAUUUCAGAGCUGUGGAGGCUUCUAGAUACAAAUAAUUACACCACAGAUUUUUCUCCCUAUCCCAUUGGCCAGGAUUCAAGAAAGCAGGCCAGGAUAAAGAAAUCAAAGUUUGAAAAAUAUUUCAUGAACAUGCAAAAUGAGUAAAAGAAAAGAAAUGAUUAAUACUUUUUCCCUUGUCCUUUUAAAUAUGUAAUAUUAUUCCCAAAGAAAUGGGAUCAGUUCAUUUGGGCAAGAUCAAGCCAGUAACUGCCCUCCUGUAGUUUCAUAUGAAAACUGAAUUGAUCUACAGCUGGAAGCCUGACUAUAUUUCGAUGUUAAACUGAACACAUCAAAGCCUUUCUUCCCUCCCAGUUACCCUCAAAGCAUUUCUUUUGUUUUCUUUGAAAUGAAACAUUCAUUGCAUGAAUGAAAACUAAGAAUAGUCUGUUAUGUUUGUUGUGAUUUGGAAGAACCAGUUUUAUUUCCAUAUAAAAAAAAAAAGAAGAAGAAGAAUGUAUUGUUUGAAAACUUCUACUAACGAUCUUGUUUUCUGAUUUUGUCUCUUUUGGUUUUUCCACAACUGAUAUUGUUAUUUAGAAGGUUUCAGGUGGGUGACACUAUUCCUGCGUAGGUGCCUGGCGGAAAGGAACACUAGGGCAGCCUCAGUCCUCUCCUCUUCUUCCAGCCAGCUGCGGCCACCACUCUGACAAAGUCCAAAAAUAUGGCUUGUUACCUGAAAGCCAUUGAGACUCAGCCCAACUUUGCAGUGGCUUGGAGCAACCUGGGCUGUGUGUUCAAUGCCCAGGGAGAGAUAUGGUUGGCCAUACACCAUUUUGAAAAGGCGGUGACCCUGGACCCAAAUUUCCUUGACGCAUACAUCAAUUUGGGAAACGUCUUGAAGGAAGCCCGCAUCUUUGACAGAGCUGUGGCUGGAUACCUAAGGGCCCUGAGUCUUAGCCCAAACCAUGCAGUUGUACAUGGAAACCUGGCCUGUGUCUACUACGAGCAAGGCCUCAUUGACCUGGCUAUUGACACUUACCGUCGUGCUAUCGAAUUGCAGCCGCACUUCCCUGAUGCCUACUGCAAUCUGGCAAAUGCCCUGAAGGAGAAAGGCAAUUUUCUUUCACAGGUGUCCGAAGCAGAAGAAUGCUACAACACGGCCUUGCGUUUGUGUCCAACCCACGCAGACUCCCUUAACAACUUGGCCAAUAUCAAGCGUGAACAGGGCAACAUUGAGGAGGCAGUUCAGCUCUAUAGAAAAGCACUAGAGGUGUUCCCAGAGUUUGCAGCAGCUCACUCUAACCUGGCCAGUGUCCUGCAGCAGCAAGGAAAACUCCAGGAGGCCCUCAUGCAUUACAAAGAGGCCAUCAGGAUCAGCCCCACAUUUGCUGAUGCCUACUCAAAUAUGGGCAAUACACUGAAGGAAAUGCAAGAUGUACAGGGAGCGCUUCAAUGCUACACCCGUGCCAUCCAGAUCAACCCCGCCUUUGCUGAUGCUCACAGCAAUUUGGCCUCCAUCCACAAGGAUUCUGGAAACAUCCCAGAGGCCAUUGCUUCUUACCGCACAGCCUUGAAACUCAAGCCAGACUUCCCUGAUGCUUACUGCAACUUGGCACAUUGCCUACAGAUUGUGUGUGACUGGACAGAUUAUGAUGAGCGGAUGAAGAAGCUUGUGAGCAUUGUGGCUGACCAGCUGGACAAGAAUCGCUUGCCUUCAGUGCACCCUCAUCACAGCAUGCUGUACCCACUCUCACACGGCUUCCGCAAGGCCAUUGCUGAACGCCACGGAAACCUUUGUCUGGACAAGGUACACGCACUGAUAAAAAUCAAUGCACUGCACAAACCUGCAUAUGAGCAUCCGAAGGAUCUGAAGUCCAGCGGCGGACGUCUGCGUGUUGGUUACGUCAGCUCUGACUUUGGCAACCACCCUACUUCCCACCUGAUGCAGUCCAUUCCUGGCAUGCACAACCCUGAGAAAUUUGAAGUGUUCUGCUAUGCGCUCAGCCCUGAUGACAGUACCAACUUCCGCGUAAAAGUGGUAGCAGAGGCUCAUCAUUUCACAGACCUCUCACAGAUUCCUUGCAAUGGCAAGGCAGCUGAUCGUAUUCACCAGGAUGGAAUCCACAUUCUGGUCAACAUGAACGGAUACACCAAGGGGGCCCGAAAUGAGCUGUUUGCCCUCCGCCCUGCACCCAUUCAGUCUAUGUGGCUGGGUUACCCUGGAACUAGCGGGGCGCCCUUCAUGGACUACAUCAUCUCUGACAAGGAGACAUCACCUGUUGAAGUAGCUGAGCAGUAUUCUGAGAAACUGGCCUACAUGCCCAAUACUUUCUUCAUUGGAGACCAUGCCAACAUGUUCCCUCACCUCAAGAAAAAGGCGGUAAUUGAUUUCAAGUCUAAUGGACACAUCUUUGACAACCGCAUUGUUCUUAAUGGUAUUGAUCUGAAGGCCUUCUUGGACAGUCUGCCUGAUGUGAAAGUGAUAAAGAUGAAGUGUGACAACAACCAGGAUGCUGCCGGGGACACAAAUGGAGCUCUGUCCAUGCCCGUUAUCCCCAUGAACACAGCAGCUGAAGCAAUCAUCAACAUGAUCAACCAAGGCCAAAUCCAAGUCACGAUCAAUGGCUUCACUGUCAGCAAUGGCCUGGCCACCACACAGAUCAAUAACAAAGCUGCCACUGGCGAGGAGGUUCCACGCACAAUCGUUGUGACAACCCGCUCCCAGUAUGGUCUGCCAGAGGACUCCAUUGUCUACUGCAACUUCAACCAGCUCUACAAGAUCGACCCCCCUACUCUUCAGAUGUGGGCCAAUAUCCUGAAGCGCGUUUCCAACAGUGUGUUGUGGCUUCUUCGUUUCCCCGCCGUCGGCGAGCCCAAUAUCCAGCAGUACGCUCAGAACAUGGGUCUGCCUGGCUCUCGCAUCAUCUUCUCUCCCGUGGCCCCCAAGGAGGAGCACGUGAGAAGGGGCCAGCUGGCUGAUGUGUGCCUAGACACUCCACUAUGCAAUGGUCACACCACAGGCAUGGAUGUUCUCUGGGCUGGAACACCCAUGGUCACCAUGCCAGGUGAGACCCUUGCCUCCCGUGUUGCCGCCUCACAACUCAACUGUCUUGGCUGCCCUGAGCUAAUAGCCCACAGUCGCCAGGACUAUGAGGACAUAGCAGUCAAACUGGGAUCUGACAUGGAAUACCUGAAGAUGGUCAGAGCACGUGUCUGGAAGCAGCGAAUCUGCAGCCCUCUUUUCAACACCAAGCUGUACACAAUGGACCUGGAGAGGCUCUAUCUGCAGAUGUGGGAGCACUAUAGCAAUGGCAACAAGCCUGAACACCUGGUCCAGACAGUAGAGACCAGUGAGAAUGCCUGAACUUGGAAGCACGCUGAUUUCUUUUCCCUUAUAACCCCAACCAUGUUCAGCCCUCCCCACCAUCUUUUUUUUGUUUUGUUUUUUUAUACCAUUAUCAGCACCGUAGCUUGGAAUAGGCCAUUUCCACUCCAGCCUUCUCCCUGAAUGACUGUCUCCAUCUCUCUCAUUUACUAUUAAUGGGACUCUUUAUUUGUGAAGGAGCCUACAGAUGUACACAUUCAUCCCCCAUCACAUUCGUUGUUGCAUCACACAUCUGCAUUUCCUGAGCCAGAUCGAGCCUGAGACUUUCAGGCACCUCAUCUGAGACUCUUGUCCUAAAACACAGUAUAUUGGUGAGCAUGAGAAGAUUGUGAAUGCCCUGCUUACCCCUUCAGUACUUGGAUCAGUGGAUUUUUAUUUUUUUUCCUCCUGUCGGUGUGCGUACAGGACUAAUUGCAGCUUGUGAAGGGAAUGCCCAGCCGUCAUUACUUGUUGAUCUAUUUAUAAAUGGAUUAAGAGUGUUGUGUGUUUUAAAAGGACAAUGUUGCACCAUGAAAAUUGUAACCCUGACUUAAGUUUCAUCAGCUUUAACAUACAAUUGUAAAAAAUAGGUUGCAACUGCUCUUUAGUUUGUCUUAAGCUGUUAUUAAAUUACUGCAAUGAGUAGAUGUGCGAGUCUUGAGGAAUAUGGUCUAGAAUGAAGAUUUCGUCCCCUCACCAAAUGCCAACUUUUAUUAAUUUUGUUGUCAAUCAAGGAAUAUGUUCAGUAGCUGUUGUCCUGUUUGAUGUCACACUAUGCUUGUAAAAAUGAUUGGACAAAGCUGGACAAAGGAGCUUCAAUUCAUUGGAAAGGGCCUAAAUUUAAGUUUAGAUGUCAGAGCUGUUCACAAAUUGAUCUUGUUUUUUAAUCACUCAAACCAGGAACGGCCUAGGUAAGUAUUUUCUAAGCAGUUUUUCUUUUUGUAUUGUCCGUUAACUGUAUGCUGUCAAUGAUGCCACGAGGCUCUAAAUAUAAUAAAAAAUAAAGAGAUGGCAAAACUCUGCUGUCUUUUCCGGCUCACUUGAUUUAGUUGUUGGUGAAAACAAUAAAAAGUUAAAAACA